CAACAAAAACACGAAGAAGAGAGGCGCCUCUGGUUUGGAAAUGGCUGCGGCGCUGUUUGCGAGGAGGCGAGCGAGAAGACAGAGAGAGCGACAGAGGAAAGAGAGGAUCUUCCACCAGAGGAUCACGCUCUUUCAGAUGCCAGAGAGCGACGUGAUUAAACUCUACCGGUUGCCGAGCCACGUCAUUUUGUCGCUUCUUGACGAGAUUAAAGAUGACAUGGAGCCGCGGACAAAGAGGAGCCACGCCAUCCCGGGGCUCACCAAACUCCUCGCCGCCCUGCACCUCCUGUCAUCCGGCUCGUUCCAGCGAGCCGUGACGCGAAAUGUGGGCAUAUCGCAGUCCGCUCUCUCGCCUGCGCUGUCCGCCUUCUUGAGGGCGAUGAUGCGCCGGGUCGGCCAGUACAUCCACUUCCCGCAGUCCCGGGAGGAGAUCAUGGAAACCAAGAUGGACUUUUACGCAGUGGCCGGAUUCCCAAAUGUGAUCGGGGCUGUGGAUGCCACUCACGUCCCCAUCACACCACCCUCUGAUGACGAGCAUGUGUAUCUCAACCGGGAACAGAGCUACUCAAUGAACAUACAAGUGGUCUGCAAUGCCAGGCAUGUAAUCAACAACGUGGUGGCCAAGUACCCGGGAUCCACGCUGGAUUCAUUCGUGCUACGACGCAGCAGGUUGUACGAGCUGAUGGAGGACCGGGAGGCCGGGAGAGGAUGGCUCUUGGGUGACAGUGCGUAUCCGCUGCUGCCCUGGCUGCUGACGCCGGUGUCCAACCCGACCACCCCGGCCGAGCAGAGGUACAACGCCGCCCAUUCCAAGACCCAAAACGUGAUCGAGCGCACACUCCGGGUCCUGAAGUCAAGAUUCCGGUGUUUGGACAAGACUGCGGGGAGUUUGCUGUACUCCCCCUCUAAAGUGUGCGAGAUUGUGGUGACUUGUUGCAUGCUACACAACCUGGCAUUACGCAGCGGCAUGCCGGUUGAGGUGGGUGCUGAGGGGGAUGAUGAACACCUUGGUGAUGGAGAAGGACUGGAGGAUGGAUGGGCCACGCAGAGGGAGGUCAUUAGAAGUUAUUUCAACUAACAGACAUUUAAUAAAAUCACAGUUUUCAAAUUCAAGUGUGUGCGCGUUUCCCUGCUAAUUGAAGGGGGGAACAGCUUGUAGGCCUGUGUGAAUAGACACUUCUAGUUUUUACUCCUUGCACCAAAGAGAAACCCGAUAUAUAACAGCUGCAGGCCUAUCGAACUUUAACCCUCCUAUUAUCUUUUGAGUCAGUUUAACCCCAUCGAGUCUUUAACAUCUCUAAAUACAUGAUUAAAGUUGUUUUUGCUUCAUAUUUAAUGAUUUUCCCAAUUUAAUGGGGACUUGGGAAAACAUAAAAUUAACAUGUUUUCAGUGUCCUGGACACAUGUAUGGUGUCACUUUGACCCCAUGUUUUAGCUCUAUAAAACAUGUAAGAAAUAUCAACAUUUUACAUAAACUUGGUUUAGUUUUUUUUGGAAGAGACUGAUGAACUUUAACAUGCCAUGUAUGAUCUUCAAAACACUUCCCUCUGCUUUAUGGCACAAACAUAACAUAAUUACACCUGUAGAGGGCGAACCAGUCCAGUUUAUUACAUUUGGGAGGAAAAAGUGAUUUCCACAAGAAUAAGAAGUGUAAAGGGGUGAGGUCAGGAUCUCUUGAAAGGGCUGUUUAGGUAGUAAAGAUGCACAAAGAACCUGACACAAACCUGGGUAACAAUUGCUAUUCUAAAAUUUUUUUGGAGAUUUAAAUUGCUGGAGCCAAAUUG